GAUGGUUGGGACAAAUAUCCCAAGUGUGAUUGGCUGGCCCUCCGAACUUAGGUCCCCUCCCAAAGGAUAGGGGUACUUCUCUUGCUCAACUCUGGACUCAGCUCGAAAAUCUGGCAAGGAUGGACCCCUGGACGGAUCGGGAGACCAGUUUUGUGCGGAUCCUGGCCCCUCCUCUUUCGGAGGAAAAUGUAUGCCGACUCCGAUGCCAUCCCGUCGGUUUCGCCUUCUUGGGCUUCCUGGGCGGCCCUCGUCGCCAAGGCUUGAUUCUCCCCGCGAUCCUGGUCAGAACGCGCCCAUGGAGAGCUCUGGGUAUUGAUAUCCUUGCGUUUUGCAGGAUCUUCGACACAGGCAAGAAGAAGAUUCCGUGCGAGGAGUUCCCCUGCGCGGCGCACAUGGUCUGCGAUGAGAUGCAGCAGCUCACCUCGGAGUCACUCGAGGCGGCCCGCAUCGCCACCAACAAGUACAUGUCCACGAACGCGGGCAAGGACUUCUACCACAUUAAGGUGCGCCCCCAUCCGUUCCACGUGCUCCGCAUCAACAAGACGCUGUCGUGCGCAGGCGCCGACCGCCUGUCGACCGGCAUGCGCGGGGCGUUCGGCAAACCUUACGGUACAGCGGCGCGCGUGAGGAUCGGCCAGGUGCUCCUCUCGGUCCGUACCAAAGAGGAGAAGCUGCCCAUUGCGGUGGAGGCGCUCCGCCUCUCCAAGUUCAAGUUCGCCGGCCGCCAGAAGAUCCACGUCUCCAGUUACUACGGCUUCACCAAGUUCACCAAGGAAGACUACGCGAAGUGGAAGGCGAUGGGCCGCCUGAGGCCCAACGGCGUGGACGUGCAGUGGCUCUCGAGUCGCGGUCCCCUGUGGCGCCUCAUCGGCAGGAGCUGAACCGCAUAGCCGCCCGCCCGGCGCUGCGGACUGAAGAGGAGCAGAUCGGCACGAGCAUGAACAAACACCUUUGGCGGAGGUCGAGGUUGCUGUUGUGUUCGUGCCGGUGGCUCCUCCCCCCGCCAAGCGAGGGCGCCGCCGCGCGAGGGCGGACCCGAGGCUCUCAGCGCGCCCGCGGCCCUCGGCGCGCAGAAGGGGGUGUGCCAGGGCGAGGUCGCGGGGGGUGGCGGCACUCCAAGAAGGCAGGCUCGAGCAAAGAGGCUGCUGGGCGCUCCUGGGCCUCCUCUGGGGCG